AUGUACAUUGUACAUGCGACGUAUCCAACAGCAUAUGGAAAGUUGGAUCGUGAGAACAAAUUUCCUCAGAUGCAAAACAAGUGCCUGCACCUGCAGCAGCUUCGUCGCGGCAACUUGGGGGUAGAACGGUCGCCCCUUGCCAUGACCAAAUUUUCCCUUGUCAUGGGAUCGAGAAUAGGGUGCGACCUCCUUACAGAUUUGACAGCUAUGAGUGGUUCAAUUCUCGACACCUCAGUUCCAUCCGAAACAGUUCAUGAUGGCCUUAUUCCGAGUUCUGCAGCAGCCGAUUUUCACCUUUUAAUGGCAAAGCUCCCCUUGGAAAGCAAUGUGCUUGGCUUUCGUGACACAGCUCCUGUUUCCAAGCUGUUGCAGCUUGCCUCACAUGUCUGGCUUAGUGAUACCACAGUCAACAUGAUGCUCGACAUCAUCCGGCAACCCAUCUCUACCAACUUGUACCUCUCCUCCUGUCACAACAUUGUUCUGUGCUACACGGCUACCAAAAUUCAGACUGCGGAGAAAGAUACUCAUACCUGGCUCAAUGACAAAAUUGAAAACAUGCCUGGUGAUUCCACUUUCGAUGCCGAGGAAGACAUUGACUUGGAAGUGCCGGAACUCACAAAAAUUCUCGCUGAUGAUCCACCCCAAGGGAGUGUGUCGAAAGGUAAGAAGAGAGAGCAAAUGGUGGCUUGCAUUGAUGACACUGAUGAUGCUGAUGGCGAAUGGGUCUGGAAGUGA